AUGUUUGCCAAAAGUUCUCAAAAACGUAGAAUUGCUCUUCCAGGAACUAUACUAGAUCAAAUCAACGAUAAACAAGAAAAUGGUGAAUACAAAGGCGACAAAAGAUUUUCUUCUCGAAAUAAGAAGCCCAAAAGAAAAACUGAUAACUUAUCAAGAAAAGAAAAAAGAAAAAGAGAAAGAACUUCAAAAAAACAAACUCGUAUCACAACUAAUCAAGGAAAUAAUAAACAUAAAAUCAUAAAAUCAAGAAAAAUUAGUUCCACUAAUGGUUCCAAAAAAAAAGUCACUUUUGCUGAAAAUGACAAUAGUGAAGAUGAUUUCAAUAAUUCUGAUGAUUAUAGGGAUUUGAAUGAUUUGAAUGAUUUGAACUUCAAUGAUGAUUUCGAUUCAGACCAACACGAAGAAAAUCAAAGUAUGACUGCAGAAGAAACAAUAAAUGCUUUAAUGGCUCUAAAAGCUAAAAAAAUGAAAAAAAAUGAAGAAUUCAAUCCCAAACAGAUUAAAAAGUCAAAAACUGAAACAUCACUGAAUGGACUUUCAGUAUCUGAAACUAUGAAUGCUCUAAAGGCUCUAAAGGACAAGAAAAACAACAAAGAUAAAAAGGAUAAGAAGCAAAAAGAGGAUAAAAAGGAUAAAAAGGAUAAAGAUAAAGACAAAAAAGAAAAAAGAUUUUUAUCUGAUUAUGACAUUGAAAUGAUGAAACAAGAUGAAGAAGAUAUGAAAUAUUAUGCUAAAAAGCUAGGGUUAAAGAAAAUGAAGCUAUCUAAAACAGACGAAUUCGAUGACAUAGGGGGUUUACUAGAUGAUUUAGAUUUAGAUUUUGGAUCAAUAUCCGAUGAAUUGCAUGAAGAGGAAGGAGAAGAGGACAAAGGAUUCAGUAAAGAACUUGAUGAGAAUGAUUUAGAGAAUGAAAUUGCUGAGGAAAUUACAAAACCAAAAGAAAAUCCAUACGUCGCUCCUUCCACCAACAAAUAUAUUCCCCCAGCAUUAAGAAAAAGAUUAGAAGCUGCUGCAAGCGAUAAAUCAGAAGAAGAGAUAAAAUUACAAAGAUCAAUUAAAGGUUUUAUGAAUAAAUUAUCUGAACCGAAUAUAUUGACAAUUGCAAACGAUAUUAAUUUGUUAUAUUCUCAAUCACCUAGAGCUUUGGUAAACCAAAUCUUUUCAAAUAUAAUAAUUGAAAGUAUUUUAUACCAAUCGGUGAAUUUGCUAGAUAGCUUUGUUACUCUUCAUGCUGCAAUUAUACUAUCUAUUUAUAGACUACAGGGAGUGGAAUUUUUAGCAAAUUUUAUCCAGCAAUUAGUUGAAAAAUAUCAAACAUUUUACAAGAGCAAAGAAUCCAAAACCAAAGAGUCUAGUAAUUUAUUGGCAUUAUUAGUUUCUUGUUAUUCCUUUCAGGUUAUUAAUUGUAAAAUCAUUUAUGAUAUCAUUAAACAAUUGAUCAAUGAAUUUUCUGAAUCCAAUGUUGAGUUCAACACUGAAUUGUUGCUUAGAUUGAUUAGAAAUGCUGGUUUUCAAUUAAGAAUUGACGAUCCUUCUGCUUUGAAAGAAAUAAUACUCCUAAUAAAUACAAAACUCAACAAAAACGAUACCAAAUUAACUCCUAGAACUAAAUUUUUUAUUGAAACAAUUCAGAAUUUAAAAAAUAACAAACUAAAAGAUUAUAAUAAGAAUAACGAAACAUCAUCACAAUCAACAUUAAAAUUGAAAAAAUUAAUAGCAAAUGGAAUCAAAACUAAUUUAAAUAACGAUCCAUUAAAUGUGUCCCUUGAUGAUAUUCUUAAUGUAGAUAAAAAGGGUAAAUGGUGGUUAGUUGGUUCAGCAUGGAAAGGAAACGAUAUUCAAAAUUCCAAUAUUAAAAUUAACGAAAAUGCAUUUCAAGAUGAUUUUUUGGAUAACUUGGAACCCAAUUGGGUUGAAUUGGCUAAACAGCAAAGAAUGAAUACCGAUAUAAGAAGAGCUGUAUUUAUUUCAAUAAUGUCUGCAGACGAUUAUAUGGAUGCUUUUACAAAAUUGGACAAACUAAGACUUAAAAAAAAUCAACUGUUGCAAAUUCCAAGAAUUUUAUUACAUUGUUCUUAUAUUGAAAAUACAUGGAAUCCAUAUUAUGGUGUACUUGCUGGAAAAUUAUGUUCUAAUCACUCGUUAAGAAAGACUUUUCAAUUUUGUUUAUGGGAUUUUAUAAAAGAAUUGGAUGGAGAAGAUGAUAGUGAUGAUGAUGAUAAUAGUGAUUCUGAUGAUUCUGAUGAUGAUGAAAAAAAAUUGAGCAAAAUUUUAAAUUUAGGUAGAUUAUAUGGAUAUUUAAUUGGUGAGGGAUUUUUGCCGUUGAAUAUAUUAAGAGUCGUUAAUUUUCUCGUUUCGAGCUCAGAUACUAAAAUAUUUAUGGAAAUUUUAUUAAUUACAUUUUUAAAUCAAGUUGGUAAAAAAAGCAAAACUAAAAGAGGUUCAAAUAAUAAUAAUAAUAAUAAUGAUAAUAAUAAUAAUAAUAAUGAAAAAUCAACGAGUAAGUUUACUGAUAAAAUUUUGAGUGAAAGAAUUGAAAAGACAAAAGAGCAAGCGGUUUUAUUGAGAGGAUUAGAUUUCUUUUUGAAAAAUGUUGUUGAAAAAUCGGAAUUUAUUAGUAAUAAAAAAGAAAAAAUAAGAAUCGAGUGGGGGUCAAAUAAAAUGAGCAUAAUGAUCAAUGAAGUAUUGAAAAAUGAGGUUUGA